UAUCACACGUUGGAGCUGCCCUAAACCCCCACCACCUUGACCUCGAGUCCUCGAUCCCCCGCCCCACGGGCCAUGGCUACCACCGCCACCGCGCCUGCCGCCGCCUCCCGCCUCGCGGUGGCCGGGGCUCGUCCUCCCGCGCACCACCACCCGCCGACGACGGUGGUGGUCUCCUCCGCCGACGCGAGGCCGAAGCCGCGUUCCGUCGCCGCCGCCGCUGCUUCUCCGGCCGCCGGCGGCGUCUCGCCGGUGCUGCCUCAGAGCAAAAGAAGAAGUCGCGGCACCGGUGUGUACGCUUCUUUGUUUGGAGUUGGAGCUUCAGAAGCUCUGGUCAUUGGAGUGGUUGCUCUGUUAUUUUUUGGCCCCAAAGUAGCAGAGGUAGCCAGGAAUUUGGGCAAGACUUUGCGUGCUUUCCAGCCAACAAUUAGAGAGCUGCAGGAUGUCUCAAGGGAGUUCAAGAGCACUCUUGGACAGGAAAUUGGACUUGAUGAGGUUCCCCCAUCGACAAAUUACAGGUCUACAACCAUGAAUAAUAGUCAGCAACCUGCUAUCAACACAAGCUCUGAUGAUAAGCCUGAGGUUGUGCCUUGCACCAGCGAAGAACUCAUGAAAGUAACUGAAGAACAACUAUCUGCGUCUGCAGCUGCUGCAUGGAAUACUCAAGAACCUCCUCCAUCAUAGCAGAAAGAAGCAGCGGAUGCUUCUGAGAGUAAUGGAGGUGCUUCAUCAGGAGGGAAUGAUGGCGCUGGUGCUGCGAGUGAGCCCAGUCCUAGCAAUUCUGAGAAGACGGAAACCGAGGGAUGAAGCAUAGCGAUGUACUUAAGAAUGAUGCUCUGGGGAACACUUUUGAAGUUUUGAUUUAAUCUGGGUAGCCGGGUGCCUGGGUGGGAGCAGAGGGGCUGAUUUGAGGUUACUAGGCUUGGUCAGCCGUGUUGUGUUGCUGUGUAAUGUAGAAUGGAUAUUAGUAAUUAGUUGUCUGUCUGUACCGAUCAGCUGUCAUUAGUGUGUAUGUGUUUGAUCUGCUUGUCAUCCGUAAGAGCAUAAUAACCAUUUUGAUGAGCUUGAUUUGUAAGGUGGAGCGGAUAGCAAAUUAAUGUGAAAGGAGAUGCUAGUAAUGCAUGGAAUGAUGGAUGAUAUGUUUGAAUCAUGGUCUCUGUUAUUUUGGUGCCAG